AUGAAUGAUAUUAUACGCGUGGUAGGGAUAUUCAGAACCGGUGGAAUUGGUAAGACAACUAUUUCAAACGAUAUUUAUAACCAGAUUUCAUCUCAAUUUGAAGGAAGUUGUUUCUUGAGAAAUGUUAUGGAAACUUCAAAACAAGCAGGAGGCCUGAUUCAGCUACAAAAUACACUUCUUUCCGAGAUCUUAGGAACAAAAUUGGAUAUUAAUGAUGUUGAUAGAGGAGUCGGUGUAAUUUGGCAUAGACUUCAAACUAAAAAGAUUCUACUAAUUCUUGAUGAUGUGGAUGACAUGAUCCAACUAGAAAAAUUAGCUGGAAAUCGUGCUUGGUUUGGUUUAGGAAGUAGAGUCAUCAUAACAACAAGAGAUCAACAUAUACUAGAUAACUAUAAAGUUGAUUCAAAAUAUGAGGUGAGGACUUUGGAUGACAAUGAAGCUCUUCGGCUGUUUAGCAUGUAUGCUUUCGAGGAAAAAGAACCAUUGAAGAAUUAUGUGGACAUCUCGAAACAAGUAACAAAAUAUGCUCAAGGUCUUCCACUGGCUUUAACAGUACUAGGUUCGGAUCUAAAAAGUCAAAGUAUACAUCAAUGGAAAAGCGCAUUGGAUAAGUAUAAAAAGAUUCCUAAUCGAAAUAUUCAGAGAGUACUUCAAAUAAGUUAUGAUAGUUUGGAAGAUAGUGAGAAAGACAUGUUCCUUGAUAUUGCAUUUUUCUUCCAAGGAGAACCUUUGGCUAAGGUCAUGGAAAUAUUUGAUAGUUGCGAUUUUUUUCCAAUUCAUGGUAUCCAGAGGCUUAUAGACAAGUGUCUGAUUACUAUUAAUCAUAAAUGUAUUUGGAUGCAUGACUUGCUACAAGAUAUGGGUCGAGAAAUUGUUCGAGAAAAUCAGCCAAAGAACCUAGCAAACGCAGCAGAUUGUGGUUUCAUGAGGAUGUUCGUCAAGUGUUUGAAGAAGAUGUGGUAA